AUGGUUCUCAAGACAGAGCUCGGCCGUUUUAGCGGUGCAAAGAUAUACCUAGGGAAGGGUAUCCGAUUCAUCCGUUCAGAGUGUCAGGUAUUCCUUUUCUCGAACUCCAAGUGCAAGCGCUACUUCCGCAACCAUCUCAAGCCCGCUAAGCUCACAUGGACGGCCAGGUUCAGGAAGCAGCACAAGAAGGAUAUCCAUGCCGAGGCUGCAAAGAAGAGGCGGCGCACAACCAAAAGGCCAUAUUCCAGGUCUAUUGUCAGUGCUUCUCUUGAUGUCAUCCAGAAGAAGAGAGCCGAGAAGCCUGAGGUCCGUGAUGCAGCCAGGGAAGCAGCUCUCCGACCUGUGAACUGA